AUGACAGAACAGAUGGGAUUCGGAUAUGGACCUUGUUUUUUCACUGGAGUCCCUGGUUCAUUUUAUGGUAGGCUUUUUGCUACAAAAAGUCUGCAUUUCGUCCAUUCUUCUUAUAGUCUUCAAUGGCUGUCCCAGGUUCCUGAAGGGAUAGAGAAUAACAAAAGCAACAUUUACAUGGCAAGUACAAGCCCGCCAAGCGUGCUACAAGCAUACUAUGAGCAAUUUCGAAGAGAUUUCUCGUUGUUCCUAAAGUGUCGUUCGGAGGAACUAGUCACCGGAGGCCGAAUGGUUCUAACUAUUCUUGGGAGGAAAAGUGAAGAUCCUUCUAGCAAAGAGUGUUGUUACAUUUGGGAGCUUCUAGCUAUGGCUCUCAAUGAAAUGGUUUCAGAGGGCCUUAUAGAAGAGAAGAAACUAGAUUCAUUCAACAUCCCCCAGUACACACCGUCUCCAGCAGAAAUAAAAUCAGAGGUCGAAAUAGAAGGAUCUUUUGGGAUUGACCGUCUCGAGAUUUCUAAAGUUCACUGGAAUGCUUACGACAAUGAAUUUUGUCCUUCAAAUGCCUUCAAGGAUGGUGGAUACAAUGUUGCACAGUGCAUGAGAGCUGUGGCUGAACCCUUGCUUCUCAGUCACUUUGGCGUAGCAAUAAUUGACGAGGUGUUCUGCAGGUACAGGAAGAUUUUGGCUGAUAAAAUGUCCAAAGAGAGAACUGAGUUCAUCAAUGUCACUGUUGCAAUGACUAAAAAGAAGUUGUGA